GUAAUUCAGAUUAGAUUCUACCUGUCGAUAUACCAGAGAAAGAUUUAAAGCUUGGGAAUUCACAAUUGUCUCUAUAAUUUUAUUGUUCGGGCGUGAAGUACUUACAUACAGUACAGACAAUCCAGUCUAGUCCAGGUGAUGUAACAACCUUUCGAAAAGAAAUGGAAUUUCCAAACUGUAACAUCCCUCUGAAACUUGUAUUGAAGAAAAUCUUCCGUAGAUGCAGUAAGACGAGAUAUGAAGAUUCAAUCGUUCACAUAUGUGACCGUUCCGAUAGCUUCGUCUAUAAGUCCACCAAAUCCAAUGACAUAGUAACAUCCCAAAAAAAUGGAGAGACGACCAGCAACAAUAAUUUUCAGAUACCAAAGGCAGGUACUUUCGACGUUAAGAUCAAGUUGGAAUAUUCAAAACGAAACGUUGAACCGAUUGAAAAUAAAAUAUUGGACUCUGGUGGACAUCAAACAACCUCGAAAAGUAAUUUCUCAACGAAUUUAAAAAAUACUGAUCACACAGAAGAACGAAAACUUAAUACUUUCCAAGCUAAUUCGUUUGCUGAACCUGUGGAAACCCAAUGUGAAGCUGUUUCCAGAAAGAGUUCUGAAGAUUUCGAUGUAAAAAAACUUGUAGAACUAUUUGAAAAUGGAAUAUUGAGUAAUGGUAAUAAAAAAAAUAUAAAAACAAAGAAGUCAGUAACUUUUAAAGAUGUUGAUGACACAGAUAUAUCUGUAUCAAAACUGCCUGCACCUUUGGAAAUCGAUAACAGGAAGGAAAUGCAAACAUGCUCCAAAAUAGAAGGAAAGGAUCUCGAAAAUACAACUGAUAUCGAAAAUCUAGAACACUUACAAAGAAAUCACUCAACCACAAAUUCACAAAAAGAAAACGACUAUUCUCACGAAUCUUUCCAUGAACCGAAGGUGUCUGCAUUAAGCAACUCCAAAUCUUCACCCCAGCCUAGAAAGCGGGUAGCCGAUUUGGUGAAGAUUUUUGAGAAGCCGGCGGAGAAGCUCAGCAAUGAGAAACGGCCGUCGUUGCGUACAGAUUUGUUCCAAGAUGCUUGUGCCCAACCAUCGGAGAAUUCAACAAUUUUACUGGGAGAAAAAAAAUGUAACAAAUUAUAUAGAAGCUCUUCAAUAUCCAAUGAAUCAGCCUACAAACGAAUUAGGAAUAAUUCCAGUCAAGUUUCUCGAUCAGAGUUACCUCCAGUAGUGCCAACGGUUUUGGAUAUCGCUCCAAAUCCACCAAAUGAAGUACAAGUUCCUUCUGUGGUCCAUCAGAUCGUAACGACCAAAUAUGAGGAAGCAAUGAACCACAUAAAGCAGCGCAAGAUCAAUAGGAAGCAGCGAAAUGUUCAUAUGGAUUCGUGUGAGGACGUUUCCUUUCAUAUAAAAACAGAAAAUAGCAAUCUCAGCGAUUCAAGGAACGAUUUUUCAAGUGACUUAGAUGGACAUCGGUGUGACGGAAAAUCAAUGUACGCGAAGGAAAAAGUUGGAAAAAUCGAUUUCUAUGGAACUAGUACCGAUAGUGGCUUGAAUCAGUCGUGCGAGCUUCUGAAAUCUAAGCCUUUUGGCUCAUUGGAUUGCCAAGGAUCGAUUGAAACUACCCAAAAAUUUAAUCAACGGAGGAAAAUAAAUAAGAUUAGAACCAGUUCCGACAGUGGGUUUGAUAAAUCGGAUGAUACUCUUGAUUCUAAGAGAAACUCUUUUGACGUGUUACAUUGUUCAGAAACAACUGAAUCUGUAGAAGAUUACGAUCAACAGGAAUUUUUAAGAGUAGCAUUGGGCGAGGAAUUGAUGAACCUUACCCUUAGCAGUACAAAGAGUUCUCAAUUUGAUCAGACAGAAUAUACGGGUGAGCGAAGCAACUACGAAAUUUCGCGACCAUAUUCGAAUCGAAGUUUUGUGGAAAACAGCAUAUCGAGCCAAAGUCUGCCGAUCGCCACAAUUUCAAAACAGAUUAUUGAUUCGAACUCAAACCAUGUAGUAACAGAAGAGGGGAACAACGAUACGCAACACAAAGAAACAGAAAAGUUGAUGAAGCAAAUUAAUAUCCAAAAGGAGAUACUAAAUCAAUUGUCCAAAGCACUGCUCUUAUGCCGAAGCCAACCGAAAUAUGUCGACCAAGACAUUCGAGUCGAAGCUGAAAAAAUUACUCUUAUUGAAAGAAAAGCAACACUUUUACAUUAG